AUGGACCCCCGCCGGUCGGCUUCGACCAAGGAUCGCGAACCGUCCCCCGGACAUGCUGCACCCGAAAUCAAUCCUCGCGACGCGCCUAGCGCCACCCGUCCACCACCCCUCACCACGCAAGCGGCGGAAAUCCGCAGACCGCUCGACGGAGAUGACCGCCGUGAGGCAACACAGGCGAUGCGCCGCGAGCUGCAAGCGGCCCAGGACGAAGCCCGGCAGCUUCGUAUGCUGCUUGAGCAAGCAGCCGAAGGGAAGAGAGCUGUGGACGAACGAUUGGCGCGGGCCGAGGCCGAAUUGCGGGAGACGCGUGCGGCACUUCGCACGACAGAUCAGCGAACAAGAGACGGGCAGGAGGUGGUUGGGCAUCGGUGGAAUCAGCUCGAACGGCAUAUCAGUGCAUUACAGCAACAGGCCGCCGACGCGCGGAGGAACUUUUCCAGAGUCGUGCAGGAAGGGGCGGGUCCGGCUCCGGUCACAUUGCCGCCGGUGUCCGAGAUUUCGCGUGCGCCGCCACUGCCCAGACUGCAUCCACACCACGAUAUCCUCACCAGAGAGCCACCAGUUUUGGAGCCCUCGCAGAUCCCACUUCCUCCCCGAGAGGUAGACCACCUUCGGCGACUUACGGGACCACCCCGGCGCUCAUCGUCCGCGCCGUUCGUGCUGACAGAGGCAGAGCGGGUAGAGACUGAGCCCCCAGCGAAACGCAGGAGGAGAGAGUCCCCGCAGAGUUUUCCAUCAUUUCCACGCCGCCCGUCCACAGCCGGCUCGUCCUCCGCUUUCACUCGCCAGCCCCGACACCCAGAUACCCACCACCAAUCUCAUACCCGCUCCCUUUCUCCAGAGUAUCAACGCCGGCACUCAUCACCGCUCCGAGAGCGCCUACCGGCACCUGCAUCACCGCAUGCACUCUAUGACCCACGCACGGGAACAGCAACAAACUAUCACCCCUACCACCCCCACCCGGGCGGCGGAAGCUAUCCUGCCUCUGCUUACGGCCCGCCCCCGCUGCAGAUCAUCCAACACCGCCAUCCCACGCCGCCCCCGCCGCCCCCACCACCCCCACUUCCACCGAGCGUGCCCACGGGCGAUCCCGACGCGCCAUACCAGUAUCAGCACCGCUUCCAGCUGGGCACGCAGGUCGCCCCGCGCCGGAACGUGCGGCCCGGUGCGUAUGAGACGGUGGUGUUUGCACUCGAGCCUGAGGGGGGUGGGGGCGCGCCGACGGGAGGAAGGAUGGGCGGGUACGAUUUGGCGUCCGGAGACGCCAUCGUGGACGAGCGUAUCGAUGGGGUAGGCGGUGGUGCUGGCCGCCGGGGAGAAGAAUUGGAAGUGGAUAGUUUGAGGCCCAGGAGCAGCUCUAGUCUGUCUAGGAGGCGUAGAGAUUCCGACCCCCGGGGGGAGAGACGAGAUGAGACACCUCCGAGGCGCUAGUUGGGUUGUUGCGCUGCGCUGGAGCAGGAACGUUUGAUAGUGUGGCAAAUCCUAUGUUAGGCAAGCUUUAGUAGUAUUUCAGAUUACAGGAUAUUUUUAAUUGGAGGUGAUGAGCUGGCGGAAUUUCGAUCCGAGAAACAUGCUGGGGGGAAGCAAAGCUGG